AUGUCCUCGGCCUUUACUGCCUGCCUAGCGUCCUACAGAGUCAAAGUCUACCAUCGCUCUCUCUCUCUCUCUCUGAAAUCUCAAUCGACGACAAUGUCCGAACCCCUCCCCUCGUUCGUCACGCACAAUAAACCCUAAUUCCUCCUUCCCCGCUCGAAAUUCCGAUCCAACACAGUGAUCGCUCCAUAAAACCCUAGCUUUAUUAUCGACGGACCCCGUCGAUCCCUGUUCCUGUCGCCCUCUGAUCUCCCUGUUCGAUUCCUCUCACCUACGUAUGCGAAUGAAGAGCGAUUGCAAGAGCUUUCAAGUCUUCGAUUUCAGCGCGGAAGAUGAACUCGCCGAGUUGGCCUCGGCCAAGUUACUCAGCAAAUACACAAACCCUAGCGCCGCCGUCGACAAGUAUAGUUUCCUCCAAAGCGUUGCACAGGGAACCAAUUUUCAAUCAAAAGAUAUGAGUAGUUUACCAUGUGUGGAUGUCGAUGGGGAUGAGAAUGAUCAGAAUUGUGACAAUGCUUUCUCACGUAUCCAUCUUGGCUCGGAUGGGGAAAACCCUGUUACCAAACAGGCGGGCGGGUUAAGUGAUUUUGGUUUAUUUAAUUCCGUGAGCGACAAGCACCACCCACAAGUUAUGCUGGAUGAAUUUAAGCCAGGAAGUUUCGCUGUUCAACUGGAAUCUAGGUCUUCAAGCCCUGAAGCAGCUUCACCCUACAACAGCAGUCAAUUAAAUUGUGCCCUUCAAGAUUCUCAAUCUAAUGAUGAGUCAGUUGAUGUGAUUCCGGAUGCUGAUGAAAGCAUGAGUGCGGAUUCUGCAUCAACUUCUUCUCAUAUCCUAGAAGAUGAGGUUGCGUUAGAUGGGUAUGAGCAUGGGCAUGGGCAUGUGCCAUCAUCUGGUCAUUGCCUCGGCACUUGGGAAAUGGGCAACAGGAAUGUGGCAGUUCUUUGUCCAGAUUAUGUUGUAUAUCGUGGUAGAUAUUGUACAGAGUCUGUGUUAACUUUUACCAGCAGUUGCGUUGAACUGAAGGGUUCAACUAGCGACGGUAAUGAAGGAACCUUUAGCUUUCAAUGGGGAAUCGAUGAUAUUGUUAAUAUUGAUUCACGGUGGUCUGAAAGGCUUCGCGUGGCUAUGGUAAAACUUCGCUUGAUAUCGAAAGAUGAAAUGCACGCCAAAGGUGGACAAGGCACUUCAGGCAUUGAGGAGUUGCAAUUUGCUGCAGCUGAACUAAAUUGGUACAAGAAGCAGGAAGAGAUAAUGUCUUUGGAUAUGAGAUAUAGGGCUCAAUGGAAUGUUGGUUCUGACUCGCCCCAUGGUAUAAGGUUGCCGGAUGAUAACAUUGCAACUCGAAUUCAGGCAUUGGAGGGGAAGAAGUUCUUUCACCGUCAAAUAGGGUGGGCUGAUUGCUACUAUCUCAUGGGAGGGGAUGGAGAGGCUUUACCUGGGCUUAAUGGGAUACGCAUUCCAAAGAAAAGUUAUUUGGCCAAUUUUGAUGAGCCUUUUGAGGAAGUUGUCUAUCCGAAGGGUGAUUCUGAUGCUGUUACAAUUAGUAAGCAGGAUGUUGACUUAUUACAGCCAGACACAUUUGUCAAUGAUACAAUCAUUGACUUUUAUAUCAAAUAUCUGAAAAAUGAAAUACAACCGUCAGAGAGGCACAGGUUCCAUUUUUUCAAUAGUUUCUUCUUUCGGAAGCUGAUCGACCUUGACAAAGAUCCAUCGAGUGCUUUUGAGGGCAGGGCUGCUUUUCAGCGUGUUCGUAAAUGGACAAGAAAAGUGAAUCUGUUUGAAAAGGAUUAUGUGUUUAUUCCCAUAAACUUUAAUUACCACUGGAGUUUAAUAGUGAUAUGUCAUCCGGGUGAAGUUGCUAAGUUUCAAGAUGAAGAUAUGGAGAAGCCACUUAAAGUACCAUGCAUACUGCAUAUGGAUUCUAUUAAGGGAAGUCAUACUGGUCUCAAAGACCUUGUUCAGAGUUACCUGUGGGAGGAGUGGAAAGAAAAGCACAAGGAGACUUGUGAAGAUAUUUCCUCAAAAUUUUUCAAUUUGAGAUUUGUCCCAUUGGAGCUACCACAGCAGCAAAAUUCAUUCGACUGUGGCCUGUUCUUGCUUCACUAUGUGGAGCGCUUUUUAAAGGAUGCUCCACUUAGCUUCAGUCCAUUCAAAAUAUCAAAGUUCUCCUCCUUCCUUAAUGGGGAUUGGUUUCCGGCCGCUGAGCCUUCUCUAAAGCGUGUUCAAAUCCAGAAUCUAAUCUGUGACAUCCUUGAAAAGGAAAAUUCUCCUGCUGCCUGCAGUGGAAAUCCUUGUUCCUCUGUUUCUAACUACCCGGCGAGUAAUAGCGAGAUUGAAACUGGUGUGGAGUUGAUUUCAGAGAGAUGCAGUCCUUCAAAGAGGUGUCGUGGGAAAUUAUCUAGUUCUCCAGAGGGUGACGGGAUUGAAAUUACUCUCUUACCCUCAUCUUCUCAAUGUGCUGGUGAUUCAGGCUUGGUUUUGAGGGAGUUUUUCGAGGAAGGAGCUACUACAGGAUCAUUUCUUCAUGGACAGUUUCCGACUUUUGACCGAGCAGCAUCUUUUAGUGAGUUUAAUGGUGUCAUGUCAGCAAUGGAGGAGGAUGUUGAAGCUGGUGGGAACUUUAUCUAUUCGCAGUCAGACGAAACUGCAACUUGUGUUUUUCCCUACUCGUCCGGAGAUUUCAGAGCAGAGACCUCCUGCAACCCAGGAGUUCACCAAUCCGGAGAGGAAAAUAUUGACCCAUCCCUUGAAACAGGAGAGGAAAAUAUUGACCCAUCCCUUGAAACACCGGUUUGUGCCUCCGAUGAUAACUCCUCAGAAGUCGAGUUUCAGGAAGAUAACACGGAAAAUCCAAGUACUGAAGAGAAAAUAGUUCAACCAAUAUCUCCACUGAUGGAAAACGUGGAGCGCCUGACGGAAAGCCUCGCUGCUGCUCCUAGUGAGAUUUUUGAUGUUGUGGAUUCUCAGUCCUCUGAUCAUAUGCUUAACUCUAAUGGCAAUGUUGAUCAUCACAUCUCUCGUCCAAAAGUUCUACCCGAAUUGGACCAAAAAAAUGGAGAAAUUACGGGUGGUGGGGUGUGUUUGGUUGUUGAUAAUUUAGUUUCUGAGACCGAUGGGCUAGAGGUUUCAGAUGGGAUUAACGGUAAAUUGGUGAUAGAAUCUGUUAAUGAGACAGCUGCCAAAAGGAUUGGUGGUGAUAUAAUGCCGGAAUCAGAUGAGCUACAGCCUUCUAAAAGACAUGGUGAUGAUAUAAUGCCGGAAUCAGAUGAGCAACAGCCUUCUAAAAGACUGCGCCUUUCAAAUGAUUUGCACUUGUAAAUUGGGCUGCUAGGUCGUCUUUCUUGUUGCUUUGGGUUUCCAUUUUACUUUGCCCCUCUUGUAGGCCUAAAUUAGGAUAUCACUAGGAUAUUGAAUGGUAUGGUGUGAAUAGUGUGAUGAUUUUGUAUGGACAAUGAGCGAGGCUCAAGGCUACAUUUAAGUUGGGGAAUGGGAAUGAUAUAUAUAACCACUUGGAUUUUUGUAUUA